AUGGCAGGGGCUGACUGUAUCGCUAUUCGAUCAUUCGGAGGUUGUGAUACUUGCCGAAGUCGACGGGUCAAAUGUGACGAAGCUAGGCCUUUCUGUCUUCUUUGUAGGACGACAGGUCUGACUUGCCAAGGCUAUGGGAAAAACAUAUUUUUCGCAUCCGACGGCGACGACGGCGAUGACGACAUCACUGGGAAAGGGGGUCGCUUUCGGCGGCUUCUUUUCACUGAGGCAGAACGUAGGGAUAUGAGCCGGCGGCUUACUUCGAGCAUACCGCCACCUUUAGUAGCAUCGCAGCUUUCGCACCUAGAAGAACAAUGCGCGAAAGCCACCCCCGGAGAGGUUAUCGAACUGCUAGAUGGGCCAUUUGGUGUGUUCCGGGCUUUCCUUACUCAGAGAAGCCAUACCCAACUCGAAAUUCCGCAUUCGAGGCAUUCACCAGAAGAAGUGGUCGACGAUCCUGCUAUGAACCAGGAUUGGUCAUCUGAUCUUUUGGAUACUAUCUUUGACAGCUCUACACAAGAACUUUUACCUCCUACAUCGAGUAUCUACAAUAUCACCGAUAUAACUGACGCGGACGCAACUUCAGAAGAGCUUCGCGAAAUGGAACCAACGAUUGAAGUGAAAAAUACACAUCUCUGCAUUACCGGCCAGGGGGCCUUCGGAGACCUAUCGUCAUCGUCCGGCGACUGUUUUUCGUCUAGUACCAUAGACUUCGGCAUCAAUUCAUUUACCACCUACGACCCUAUGACGGCACUCAUGGGUGUUCCCACACCAAUCCCCGGGGACGCCGUGUUUCUACUCAAACAUUACACUUCCAACAUCGUGAACUUCAUCACCCCAUUCGGCCAUACCAAGACACCGUGGCAUACCCUAUUCAUCCCUCACGUUAAGAGCUGCCUGGCUGCCUUGACAAUGGGUGAAAAUCUAACCUAUGCGAGCUUGACGAUAUUCUUCGGUACCUUGGCAAUUAGUGCCUCUAGCCUCGGAAGAAAGACACAGGACCAGUCGUCGAUAUGGCUCGAACGAGCAAAGGUGUACGAAAGGAAAGCUCGCGAAUACUGCCGAGCAACAUUGGAGACGGCUUAUUAUAUACCAAAAUUGGCCAAGUAUAAGACUAUAUUGAUGGCUCUUCUUACCCUCGUUCACCUAUAUAGCGUUACCGGGAGGCGAAAACGCGUUGACUUUUAUUUCGUAGAGGCCGAAAAGUUCAUCCGUCUCAGAGGUUUAAGUCGUCAAAAGUCGCGCAAAGUACGCUUGCUUCAUCACUGCUACGCAUUCCAACGAGUGUUCUACGAGAGUCUAUGCAUCAGCAACAAUAAUCCCCAUCGGCACGAAGUUCAAAGAGCUAUAGAAUCAAGUGAUUCCAUUGUCUACAGCCAGGAUAGCCUUUCCUUCCAGGUAUCCCGAUGGCGUGAUCUAGCUCAGGAGAUGCUCAAAUCGAAAACUCGGGAAGAGGGAGAGAAUGACUUGCAUCUUGAGCGGCCCGGGAUGUGGCCCGCCACGUUAUAUCCCGAGAUCUACGGUGUCCCCGAACCGUUGAUCUACCUACUGUCAUGCAUAAUACGGCUAGGGAAGGAGAAGGACAGCGUCGGGCAAGGCGUCGCACAAACGGGCUCGGAUAUCGCCGAAUUUUUAAGUCGUGCGAAGAAUCUUGAGAACUGCAUAAAGCAACAUCGAGAGCAGGGGAGUACCUCAGCUUUUCAACUUCAGUACUCAGAAAUGGCGAAAGUAGACCACCUCGCGAACAUAAUUAGCGCGGUACAGAAUGCGUUGGCGAUCUACUUUUACCGCCGCAUUUACGACAUAGAUUCGGCGCUACUUCAGCCCAUGGUCUCAAAUGUACUUGAAUCACUCACGCGCCAUCAAUGUGAUGGUUCCGGGAUCGCAGGUGGUUCUUUGAGUCUCAUCUGGCCGGCAUUCAUAGCUGCUUGCGAAACUGAAGACGCUACAAUGCAGACCGCAUUCUCGGACUGGUUUGAAACGUGCAUGCGUAGUAGCGGCCUUGAUACAUUUACGGUCACGAUGAAGACCAUUAGAGAAGCUUGGAGAGAAAAACCCUGCUCUCGAAACUCGUGCGUGUCGUGGAUCGAUAUGGCUAAACGCAAGCCUGGAUAA